UUGGACUAUGAAAGUAGCUGUGGUACCGGAGAAGAGGCACGGCAGGUACCCGCAGGAGUCCGUCAGCCUGACCUUUAGAGCAUUUUAGGCUGGUUGUGAAAUCAAUGCAGAAAACUAAAGAAUGGAUACAAACUCAAGGAGCUUUACCCUCAUACCAAAUCAGAAAUAUAGGCGCAGCUGUCGGAAAAACAGCAGUCAACCAAAUACCAGUGCAGAGCAUGUGACAAGUAAUGGACCAGCAGUUGGUUACUUUGAAAUCCUACCUUCCGAGAUGUUUUACAAGAUUUUACAGCAUCUAUCAGUGAAGGAUAUCAGUGUGCUUUGUAUGGUAUCAAAAGAUUUAAGUGCUCAGCUUGUUAACUACAUCGUCAGUUCACCCGGAAGCAAAAGGUUAUUACUUAAGGAGUUUCACUGCACUGAGUCAACUGACAAGAAUGCACAACAUUGUAUAGUGGAACACUACAAAUCUCUAGGUUUUCUUUUUAAAAGAUGCACUUUGCUGUUGCCUACUAAAGAGAGACUGAGGUUUAUUCACAGGAAGUUUUCUGAGGUCACAGGAGAUCAACAGUCCCAUGCCCAUUCUGAUAGUUUACUUUCUCAGCUGAAUUGGAUACUAAUGCUGUGA